GGAGGUUUAUAAUCAUAUUCAGCAAAAUUAAAGCGGCUCUCGUACGCCGCAAGCUCCUAACCUGUGAGUUAGGCCUCUAAUCUCCAUUCCUUCGUCCUCUGCGAACACAUGGACAAGGAAGUUACCAGUUCAAGCUUGUAGCUUAAUAUCCAAAAACCUCCUCUCUCUCUCUUUCUCUCUCUCUCUCUCUCUUAUACUCCAUGGCUCUGACCAUGGCUUUGCCACUCUGCAAUAAUGCACAGCCCCGUCUCUUCUCCUCCCUCCAUCGCAGACAAACUCCUUUCGGAGCUCAUAAAAAACAGCUCCAUUUCGCAACCAUUAACGAGCUCCGAUUCUCUUCCUCUCGUCCUAAGUUUAACCUCAGACGCAUUCUUUUACCUCCGCCUAAAUCUUCGUCCAUCAAUGGCUACUCGGUUCAGAGCAGUCCGGAGUUUCUUAAGGAUAGUGGAGAAGCCGAGGUCGACCGGUUCGAGAGGGUUAAAAGGUGGAUUGAUUUUGUACGGUCAAUAUUGCCUGGUGGGAAAUGGUGGAACUCCGACGAUGAGGUUGAAACUAGGAUUUUGGCUGAGCCGGUAACCGUUUCUCGUGCACUCCUUCGGAUGUGGGAAUUGGUCGCCGAAGAGCGUUGGAUUAUAUUUGCCUCGUUCUCUGCCCUAAUUGUCGCAGCGCUUUCGGAGAUUUCAAUACCGCAUUUCCUGACUGCAUCAAUCUUCGCCGCACAGAGCCGUGAAAUCGCGGUGUUCCAUCGUAACGUGCGCCUCUUGAUUCUGUUCUGUAUUACUUCGGGAAUUUGCAGUGGUAUACGAGGUUGCUUUUUUGGCUUUGCAAAUGCGUUACUUGUUAAGCGAAUGAGGGAAACAUUAUAUUCUACUCUUCUUCGCCAGGAUAUAUCCUUUUUUGACUCUGAAACAGUUGGUGAUUUGACAAGUAGGCUUGGGGCAGAUUGUCAGCAAGUUUCCAGAGUUAUUGGGAGCGAUCUCAAUUUGAUAUUUCGGAAUGUUCUCCAGGGGACUGGUUCAUUGAUCUACUUGAUAAUCUUGUCAUGGCAACUUGGUUUAUGUACACUAUUAAUAUGCUCUGCUUUAGCAGCUGUUAUGCUUCUUUAUGGCCGGUAUCAGAAAAAGGCAGCAAGAUUAAUCCAAGAAUUCACUGCUUCAGCCAAUGAGGUUUCACAAGAGACAUUUUCUUUAAUGAGAACGGUCCGUGUUUAUGGAACAGAGGAUGAAGAGCUUGGAAGGUACAAUCAGUGGUUGGGGAAGCUAGUUGACAUAGGCUUGAAAAAAAGUGUUGCUUAUGGUUUUUGGAACUUGAGCUUCAACUUUCUUUACCAUUCAACUCAGGUUAUUGCAGUGCUGCUAGGAGGAAUGUCUAUUCUAGCUGGUCAUAUUACGGCAGAGCAGCUUACGAAGUUUAUUUUAUACAGCGAAUGGCUGAUCUAUUCAACAUGGUGGGUGGGGGACAAUUUAUCCUCAUUGAUGGAAUCUAUUGGUGCAAGUGAAAAAGUCUUCCAGCUGAUGGACCUCUUGCCCAGUGACCAAUUUACAUCUAAAGGGAUAAAGCUGGAAGGGCUGAUUGGAUGUAUAGAGUUCAUAAAUGUAUCUUUUUAUUAUCCUUCAAGGCCAUCAGUACCUGUGCUGCAAAAUGUGAGCAUAUCACUGCAUCCCAAUGAAGUGGUUGCAAUUGUUGGUCUUAGUGGUAGUGGAAAAAGCACAGUGGUGAGUCUUCUGCUUCGACUAUAUGAGCCAACUGGUGGUCAGAUUUUAAUUGAUGGCUUUUCUCUAAAAGAGUUGGAUGUCAUGUGGUGGAGAGAAAGAGUUGGAUUUGUGGGACAGGAACCAAAACUUUUUCGAAUGGAUAUUAGCUCAAACAUCAAAUAUGGAUGUACUAGAAAUGUGAGGCAGGAGGAUGUUGAAUGGGCUGCAAAGCAGGCCUAUGCGCAUGACUUCAUUUCAGCAUUGCCCAAUGGUUACAAAACACUGGUUGAUGACGAUUUACUAAGCGGCGGACAAAAGCAACGAAUUGCCAUUGCCCGUGCAAUACUUAGGGACCCAACAGUUUUGAUCCUUGAUGAAGCCACUAGUGCACUAGAUGCAGAGAGUGAACAUAAUGUCAAGGGUGUUCUUCGUGCUGUCAGAAGUGAUGUGGCAACAAAGAGAACUGUAAUAGUUAUUGCUCACAGGCUUUCAACCAUACAAGCUGCUGACAGGAUAGUAGUAAUGGACGGGGGUAAAAUUGUAGAGAUUGGCAGUCACAGAGAGCUUCUCCACAAGGAUGGUCUGUAUGCACGAUUGACAAAAAGACAGGUUGAUGCUGUGGCAUGAACUUGAAAGUAUAUUGACACAAUCGUUUAGUUUUGUGCUUCAUCUGGUCUAUUCCAAUCAGAUGCAUAAUAGAUUCAACUUUCAAGCCAGCAUUUUGCCGCUGACCCAUUUAUUGGUGGUACUAAAAAAAAAAAACAAAAAUGCUUACGAGGGGGAAAUGGAAUACAAUGGCGUUGCUGUUGCCGGUUACAUUCAUUGCCAUCAUCAUCCUGUAAGUUAUGUAAGGUAGCUUCAAACAGAUUAUGCGGUAUCACAUUCUUUCUUCGGUGCAGAAGUCUCAAGGUGUAAUGUGAAAAAUUACAAAUUGAUAGGAUUACAAUGACGAAUGAUGAAAUGCAAUUGUAUGACAGAUAUCAGUAGGAAUAGCUAAAAAUGUAACCUCAUAUUCUUCAUUAUGCUCGUUAUGAGCAGAUCAUACUAUUCAUAUUGCCAUUGCAUUUUAUAUAACAUUCUAUAGAAAUGUUCAAAGC